UUCAUUCCCACCAUCACUCCCAAUUAAUUAGUUUCAAGAAAUAAUUAAAUAAAAAAAAAGAAAACAGAUAUGGGAAGGCCUAGUAAUAAUUAUAAUAAUGGGUACACUAGAGAGAAGUUGCCGGCCUCGUCAAGGAGGUCAUUUUGGGGUGGUGGCUAUGAUUAUGAAGAAAAGGAAAAACAGAGAUCAACUGGAGGAUCACUUGUUGCAAGGAACAAGUCUUGUAACUGGACCCCCAUUGCCAAGAAAACAACAGCUGCUAAUACUACCACUACAGGAAUGGGGAGGGUGGAGAGGAGUAGCAAGCCGCGGUUGAGUAACCAGUCGCGACGACAGGAAAUUGAUCGGCGCGACAACUUCACCCCUCAAGAAGAGGAACUCCUCAUCAAGCUUCACGCCACCAUCGGUGCCAGGUGGACAAUAAUAGCACAGCAGUUGCCGGGGAGAGGGGAGGGGGAGGUGAAGAGCGUGUGGAACACAAAGCUGAAGAAGAAGUUGACUGCCAUGGGGAUCGACCCCGUCACCCACAAGCCCUUCUCUCAGAUACUCUCCGACUACAUCGGAAACGUUGGUGGAUUCUCGCCAUCAUCAUGCAACAAUGAUUGCUCCCCCGCUGCCGCCCAGCUGCAGCCGCCGCCCCCCCACUUUAACGCCACACUCAAGACAACGACAAUAAUGAGCAGCAAUUACACAGAACCCCCGCCGCCGCUAACGCUUGGGGACGGUAAUGAUUGUUCCGGGGCGGUGGCCAACGGGGGCAACUAUACCGACCUCCUGUCGGAGCUCCAAGCCAUCAAAUCGAUCGCGAAUUACUCGGCGCCGGGUCCCACCACGUCUUCUUCGCUCUCGUCGUCUUCCUCCCUCCCAAUCCCAUCCCCUGUUUUAUUACCCACUAGCGGGGGGGAUAAUAACAAUAAUAACGAUCAUGAAGAAGAAGAAGAGAUGAUGAUGAGGAAUGACUACAUGAACAGUUCAUCGCCGGCGGCGGGUUUCAGCUGGUGCGAUUUCCUGCUUGAAGACGCAUUCUUGCCGGCGGCAGCGGGCGGGGACUGGGGCGAGGGCCCACAACAGCCACAAGGAGAGUUUGAUGAUGAGGGAUGCUGCAGGAAGAUGGCAAGUCACAGGCGCAACUUAGCAGCAGCAUCCGUGGAUCCCACCCCGAAUAGCCGGCAACAACCCAUCUCCUCCUCCUCCACCGCCGCCGGCCACCGCCACCCCAACCCAGAUCCCACCCGCCCCUCCACCACCAUCCGCUCAAUCUCCCGGCACUUCUCCAAUCUCUACUCCAAUCACAAACACCUCCUCUCGAAAGCGUCCUUAAAGGAUGGCCGUCUCGUUGACUCUUCUUGCCCGGCAGCUCUGACCAAGUCAAAGAGCCAACAGCACGGCGGCGCAAAUUCGCAGCCACUCAAGAAGAAAUCCCACAAAGAACAAGACCCGGACUUUAUAAUCAAGAAAAGCGGCAGUGGCGGAGGAGGCGAUGAAAUCAAGAAAAGUUCAGCCGAUCCAGAUGCGAAGGCGGAGGUGGACGAUUACGAGGAGGCGGAGAAGAGACGACCGUCCCUGUCGCAAGAAACGGGCGGCGGUGGAGGAGGGCGGAGAAGGUCAUUUUCCAGCUCGAAGAUUGAGCUGGCAGAUUUCUUGUCUUGCAAUAGCGCCAAGGUUGUUGCUGUAGACAUGCCUCCAUUUAUGCAGAUUCAUGCUGUGGGUUGUGCAAGAAAGGUUUUUGAUAGCUUAGAAAAGUUCACUUCCAAGGCCCUUGCUUUCUCUCUCAAAAAGGAAUUCGAUGGGGUAUAUGGACCAGCCUGGCACUGCAUAGUUGGUAAAAGUUUUGGGUCCUUUGUUACGCAUUCAGUGGGCGGUUUCAUAUAUUUCUCCAUGGAUCCCAAGCUUUAUGUACUCUUGUUCAAGACCACUGUACAGAGAGCUGACUGAUGCCUCACAAUCCCACCUCCCACCAUUUCAGUUUCUCUGAAGCCCCUUUAAUUUUUUUGAGAAGAAGAAGAAGAUAUAGAGCAUUACUCGCAUGUUGCUGUUGUUCUAACAUAUGUGCGCCAUUUGUCCGUAGUUUGUAUGUACAUUUGGUUUUUUCCCUGGGUCAAGAAAAGCAUGGUGUGGUCAUUUCCCCUGCCGGCUCUGUAUCUGUUAUAUAGCAAAUUCAUUUUAUAAUUGAAUCAAAUCAUUAUUGUUUC